CGCGACUGCGAACACUCGAUCUCCAACUCGUCUCUACAAACGCCGUUCCUGCAUCGAUGACGAAGCCGAGAUGGGACUUUCCGCCGGAGUCGACGCUGCUGUCGGACGACGACUACGCCGAACUCGAGACCAUCGACAUCUCCGUUGUCGACCUGACCGCCGACCCUGCGGCGCUCGGCGAGGCUCGGCGGCGUGCGCGCGACGACACGGUCGCACGCGCGCUCAGGGCGUUCGGCAGCGGCGGCCUCGGGAUGGUCCACGUCACUGGACACGGGGUCGGCGCUGAGGAGAUCCAGAGGCAGUUUGACGUCGGGUCUGUGUUCUUCGACAGGGUGGCGGACGAGGAGAAGGGGCGGUACGUCGCGAAGAUCUCAGAGGAGGGGAGCUGGGCCGGGUACAAGCCAAGAGGUUACUAUGGGCCUCAGGACUGCGACGAGAACUUCAACUUCUAUCCUGAAACACUGGUUCACUCCUGUAUACCGCCGGUUGCAAGGCAAUUCCUGCAUGACUACCGAAGAUUCUUGGAGCACAACCACUACGUCGUUGUCGGGAAGAUGUUGUGCAUCUUAUCUCUAGCUCUCGGACUUCCGGGCGAUACCUUGUGGCGUUUGCAUCACCGAGGUGGAUACGACGUGGAUGGUACGCUUCAACGCCCACAAGAUACGCCAAUUUACUGGAAGCACAGCCAGGACCAUUUCAGGUUCCAGGUAUACAACCCUCGCAAGGACGAUGAAUCAUUUUUCAAUUCCGACAAACUAUACUUGCGAAGUCAUCGGGAUAUAGGAACUAUCACGCUGAACUACUCGCAGCCGGUAGCUGCCCUCCAGGUUCUCAAGCCUGAAGGCAAAUGGGCGUGGGUGCGUCAUAAGCCGGGAGCUAUCAUCGUUAAUCUGGGGCACGCAUUGGAGGCGCUCACCUCGAGUCGUCUCAGAGCUGCCUUCCAUCGAGUUGCUGAACCCCCCGAAGAUCAGCGCCGCUUCCGGAGAAUUGGCAUCCACUACUUUGUCAAGCUUCUUCCGGACAUGCGCAUAGAUCAACCCUUGCUUGAUGGCCCCGACGACCAGUUUGAAGAAUACCGUCGCCUAGGAGGGAAGCCUAUUCUCUACGGAGAGUGGGAAAGGUUCCGCUCAAAAUUGGCCUUCAGACAGCGCCCGGCCCGUACCUCGCCUGAACGUACGCCUGAGGACGCGCUCCUUGACCUCCAUUACAGAAUGGCGCCUCCCACGACAAUACCAGCUGCGAAGCUGUGAAGUGGAGCGCCUGCGGUUGCCAUAACUUGACGUCCAACCCGUUGCCAGUGAGGCAGGUCCUCGGUGCCGUGGUUAUACGCGGGGUAUUUACUAGCUCACAUGUAGUGCGAUAUCAUAUGCCCACCCACACGAGAGUAACCCCUCCCAUACCCCGCUGACUGCUCGCGGAGCAGGCAGCAGGCGCCCACAAACGCG